UGCCUGCCUAUUUGAAUGUAUCUGUGGUGUCUCCAGGCUUGUGUGUAACCUUAAUGUUUUUAGACUAAAAAAUAUUUUAAGAAAUAUAGUGCGGGAGAGGAGUAGAGUCACGUUGUGAAGGGUAAAAAGAGGCAGCCGUUUUUCAGCCAGCUGUGUCGGUGGACAUGCUUUUUCGGCGUUUGUCGCUAGCUUAGCUAGCUACGUCUGCGAAAAAUCGCAACAAAAAAUCCCGGAGAAAAGAAUCUACAUGGCACGAGCAUAGUCCUACAAGUGACGUCGCCUGCUGUGCGCGAGGCCCCGGCCUGCGGCGAUGAAGGGCUCCCACCAGAAGAACUCGGUGCGGAUCCUAUCCGGCCGGGAGCGCGGCGCUCAGACAUGCGGCUCCCAGCGGCUCCUGCAGCAGCUGGUGGAGGAGAAGACCCGCUGGAUGAAGUGGCAGAGCCAGAAAGUGGAGUUGCCAGACAGCCCUCGUUCAACAUUCUUAUUGGCCUUCAGCCCGGAUAGAACACUAAUGGCUUCUACCCAUGUGAACCACAACAUCUACAUAACUGAGGUGAAGACGGGCAAGUGCAUCCAUUCUCUGGUGGGCCAUCGUCGCACACCAUGGUGUGUGACCUUUCACCCCACCAUCCUGGGCCUGGUGGCCUCUGGCUGCCUUGAUGGAGAAGUCCGUAUUUGGGACCUGCAUGGUGGCAGUGAGAGCUGGUUCACAGAGAGCAAUGUGGCCAUUGCCUCUCUGGCCUUCCACCCCACUGCCCAGCUGCUCCUCAUCGCAACCAACAACGAGGUUCACUUCUGGGACUGGAGUCGACGGGAGCCCUUUGCGGUGGUUAAGACUGCUAGUGAGACCGAGCGAGUCAGGUUGGUUAGAUUUGACCCAUUAGGACACAACCUUCUGACAGCUAUUGUAAACCCUUCAAACCAACAGAACGACGAUGACUCCGAGGUCCCUAUGGACAGUGUGGAGAUGCCUCAUUUUCGGCCCCGGCCAUUUUUGCAGUCGCAGCCUGUGCGGCGCACUCCCAUCCUCCACAACUUCCUGCACAUCCUCUCCUCUCGCAGCUCUGCAGUGCAGGCCGGGGAGCAGCCUGCAGCCCCACCACCCCCUGCCGAGCCCUCUGUCCUGCCCUUGGGUCGUUACACCUCCUUGCGGGAGCGGCCCUCAUACCAUGCUUGUGUGCAGCAUCUGGGCAUGGUAUGCUUUUGCAGCCGCUGCGCAGCAUCACGUGCGCCGCCUGCUCCUGAAGACUCGGCCGGCCCGCCCCCACCAGAACUCCCUUCCCAUGCCUCUACCUUCUCUUCUGCCCGUACGGAGCCACGGCAGCCCUCUGAGGCACGCUCUAGCAGCCGGGCAUCUGCCUUCAGCAGCGUAUACAGUAGCACGGCAGGCAACACCCUGCGCAACCUGUCAACAGGGCCUGUACGUCGGGGCCUUCUGGCCGUCACUAGUCCCCCAAUUGGCCACUCCUCACAGGCUGACCGGGACUCCGAUCACUUGGCGCCGGCCGACUGGACAGGCGGUGUGCUGAAUGUUCGUACAGAGGCAGGGCCCGCUAGUGGCGCCGGGGUUGUGGGUGACGGCAUGCCUCCUCCUAGGACUAGUGCCUCCUCCGUCAGCCUGCUUUCUGUGCUUCGGCAGCAGGAGGGCACCUCCCAGCCUCCAUUCUACACUUCCGGUACAGAGGGGCGGGGCUAUUCCUUGCCAGGGUCAGGGCCUGGACCCUCCAGCAGCAACCCCAGGAGCGGGGCGAGCACUAGCUGUGGGCACCACCCCGUGGCUGAGGGCGGUAGAAAAAGCCCUGCUUCCAUCCGAAACGUCCUGCAGUGCAACCUGAGCCGCUACUUUAUGGAGUACGACCGCAUGCAGUCCGUGGAGCAGAACAUGGGUGCCGUGGGCAACGAAGGCAGCUCCCAGCAGCAGCAGCAGACGCAGGAACUGCUCAACAACAAUAACAUUGACUCUGAGCGACCGGGCCCAUCACACUAUCAACUGCCGCACCCUGGCGAGAGCAACUCUGGCCUCCCGCGCGGUCACCUAAACCGCUGUCGUGCAUGUCACAACCUGCUCACAUUCAACCACGACACUCAGCGCUGGGAGCGCACUGUGCAGACUGCCACUGCCUCCAGCUCAGAGGAGGGCACUGCCUGGCAGCCGCCAGGCUCUGCCUUCGAAGCCUUUGGCCAGGGGUCGCCACGUGAGCGCCAGCCCACCGAAAGGAGAGCGGUGGCUACAGCGGCGGAAGCGGCCGGCAGCAUGCCAUCCACCUCUGGGUCACAUUUCCCCCAUGCAGGGACUUCGAGGCAGCAAGGGGAGCAGACUGUGGGGCUGGUGUACAGCCAGGAGACGGGCCAGUGGGAGCGCGUUUACAGGCAGUCCGCCACAAGCCGAACUGGGAAUGUAUCACAAGACGCCUUAAACCAAGAAAUGCCUGAGGAGAGCUCGGACGAGGAUUCGCUGCGAAGGAGACUGCUAGAGUCCUCUCUCAUCUCUCUCUCUCGAUACGACAUAUCUGGAUCCCGAGACCAUCCCAUCUACCCGGAUCCUGCGAGGUUGUCCCCGGCUGCCUAUUACGCCCAGCGCAUGAUCCAAUACCUGUCUCGGCGUGACAGCAUCCGCCAGCGCUCCCUCCGCUACCAGCAGAACCGCCUGCGGCCCUUGCCCUCGUCCUCGUCCUCAUCCUCUGAUGGCCCAGCCAGCAAUCCAUCGCCCCCCAUAGAGAACAGUGAGGUGGACUUUGAGGAGUUUGAGGACAACGGUGACCGGGCAAGGCACAGAACACCACGCAAUGCUCGAAUGUCGGCUCCCUCCCUUGGGCGCUUCGUUCCCCGGCGGUUCUUGUUGCCCGAGUACCUGCCAUAUGCAGGCAUUUUCCACGAGAGGGGUCAGCCAGGCUUGGCCACUCACUCAUCUGUUAACAGAGUCCUGGCAGGGUCAGAGACACGGAUUGGACUGCUUUUAGGUGCAGUGAUAGGAGAUGGUCAGUCCGCUGUGGCCAGCAACAUUGCCAAUACCACUUACCGGCUCCAGUGGUGGGACUUCACCCAUUUUGAUCUUCCGGAGAUCAGUAACGCCACUGUCAAUGUCCUGGUGCCGAGCUGUAAGAUCUACAACGAUGCCAGCUGUGACAUCUCUGCCGAUGGGCAGCUCCUGGCCGUAUUUAUUCCCAGCAGCCAGCGGGGCUUUCCAGAUGAGGGCAUCCUGGCCGUCUAUUCUCUAGCCCCACACAAUCUUGGGGAGAUGCUCUACACCAAGAGAUUUGGUCCCAAUGCAAUUUCGGUCAGCCUGUCCCCCAUGGGCCGCUACGUGAUGGUGGGCCUAGCCUCCCGCAGGAUCCUGCUGCACCCCACCCCAGAUCAUAUGGUGGCACAGGUGUUCCGCCUCCAGCAGCCUCACGGAGGAGAGACGUCCAUGAGGAGAGUGUUCAAUGUGGUUUACCCGAUGGCCCCGGACCAACGGAGACACGUCAGUAUUAAUUCUGCCAGAUGGCUUCCUGAGCCGGGCAUGGGGCUGGCCUAUGGGACCAACAAAGGGGACCUGGUCAUCUGCAGGCCUGUGUGUGACGGUGAUGGUUCCUCCGAGCUCGCUACCGAACCCAUAUUCUCAAUCAACAAUGGUGCUGGUGCUGUCAGCGGGCGGGGCUCUGAGCGUCCUGGGACAAGCAGAGCAAACUGGAGGUCUGACAGGGACAUGGGUUUGAUGAAUGCGAUUGGCCUGCAGCCCCGCCACCCUACCCCUUCCGUAACCUCACAGGGCACACAGACGCCCAUCGUGCAACUGCAGAACGCCGAGACCCAGACAGACCGGGACCUGCAGGAGUCCAACAGCCUUCAAUCUGCAGAAGGUAUGGUGCAAGUGGAAGGCCCGCUCCCCAGCACCAGCAGCGGAAGGAGCUCGGAGACGCUUCCUCAUGCUCUGCAACCCACCAGCGGCCCUGCGGAUGGGACUACCGAGACAGGGUCAGCCACCGGCAGCGUGGGUGACGCCUCGGAGUACGGAUCCAGCGAAGACGCCCUGUCACGGAUCCGUCGGCUCAUUGCUGAGGGGGGGAUGACAGCCGUGGUUCAACGGGAGCAGAGCACCACCAUGGCAUCCAUGGGCGGCUUCGGCAACAACAUCAUUGUCAGUCACCGCAUCCACCGUAGCUCACAGACAGGGGCAGAGUCCACAGCAGCUGGUGUGGCACAGGGUGGGGGGGCUCCUGUGGCAAGUGAUAGCGCUUCCUCCCCCCCCGGCCUCCCUGGUCUCUCCUGCUGCCCAUCCACUAGUGCCCAGGGUCCCAUGGCUUUGGGGUUGGGGCAUGCCCCCAGCCCAGCCCACAUGCUACAGUUGACUCACAGGUCCUCCAGCCCCACUGAGCCUCCCGUGGUGCAGGGUCAACCUACAGUGGCAGCACCUUCGCCGUUUGUCAACAUCUUUGCCCCCGAGGCGACAGAUCGCGGUGUUGAGCAGCCUGCAGGUACUGAUGAUGUGUUCGAGGGCAACCAGAUGGAUACCCUUGUGCCCCGCCCCUUUCUUUCCAGCUCCUCCCCCUCCCGCUCCUUCCCUAACAACAAUCGCAGCAGCAGCAGCGCCUACCCUGACUUUCCACACAGCAGGUAGAGUGGCAUUGAAUUGGUACCAGUGCCCAGUAACAGUAGCAGCACGCCAGCUCACAGGGGAUGGGCGUCGCUGCUGAGACUGUCACCGGAGACUUGCACUAAAGACUGGCAGUGUUGCGACACAGGAAUAUCCUUUCUGGUGAUGUCUGCUCCUCCAUCAGCCUUAUUUGUUUACGGAGAGGUGCUGAUUUUCCUUUUCCUUUCGUCUCCUUCCCCCAACCAACAGAAGUCCACCACCACUCCUCCAUCUGUUACUUUUUCAAGCACUAGGGUAUUUAUUCAGGUCCCGGGGAGUUGUUGGUUUACUUACAUUGCACUUAAUUGGAGAGUUUGACUGUCACCCAAAUGGAGAACAAGAACCUUUACUACAGUCAUUCCAAGAGAGAAAAUUGUACUUGAAUUCUAUUAUUGAGGUACCAAUACUGCAUUUGCUGUCCUUUUAUUUCACAUAAGCUUGAAGAAAAAAAAAUGUUUACCGCAUCCAAAGUGCCAUGUAAGUACGUAACACCACCUUAGGUUCUUUUUAAUAUGUACAUAUUUAGAUGAGUGUUAUGCGGUUGGUGCCAUGUUUAUAUAUAUUUUCUUUUUUCCUUGGCAAGUCUACCAGUGCCAGCCUAGCAGCUGUGAGUUCAAAUAAUGUUCCUGGGAUUUAUGGAAAAAAUAAUGUAUUUUGAAUCCUCUUGUACAGCUUGCAAGUGUUUAACUGACAAGCAGUUGAAGUUCAGCAUUCCUGCCACAGAUAUUUGCAGUCAGUUUCUCAAGACAGAGGAUCAGACCAGAUCUGUAAUAACCCUGUUACUUAAAACUGUAGUUCCAUCCCCUCUUAUUGCUGUGAAUUUUCAAGAACGAAUGUGCCCACUUUUUUGGUCAAAAUGUUUGUCUGUGUUGGCAACGCCUUCUCCCUGUACCAUUGCAUUGUUCGUACACACAGGUGAUCAUUGUCAACAUGAAGUUUGUUUGCUACCAGAGCGUGUUAGAUUCUAAGACAAGAAAUUUACCUUGAAAAGGAAUCAUAAAUGGGGCAAGCAUUUUCCUGUGCUUUAGGACCUGGAUAAAUUCUGAAAGCACUAUCAUUGCUUUCCUUUGCACUAGUACUUAUAUGGACCUGCGGUCCUACAGUGAAGGUCGAUGUCAGGGUUUAAUCUCGUCUUCAUUUCCCCCACUCAACUUUUCAUCCAGCAAAAGUCCAGAUGAAGAAUUUCAUCUGCAAGAGCCUCUGGGACUUAGCUAAAAAAUAAAAAAAAAAAAAAAAACUUGAUAUUACCAAGAGCAGGCUCUGCACAAGGUUGUUACCACUAGAAAUCGGUAAAACACUAGGGAGCUGAGGAGUGGGAGGAUCCGCGGGUUUCCUAUACUUUAACCGAAGUCUUGCUGUAGCAGGUAGACUGCUGGGAAGCACUGAAAAACACCUGUGUGUCAAUUUUAGUGAGCGUAUGUUGGUGCAUGCCUGUGGGGACGGGGUGGGGGGAGGAGACUUAGCAGAUAAAUGUAGCAUCUCUUUCCAGUCGAGCUGCUCUGUACUUUUGCUGUGGUUACUGAACUUGAGGGGGGGCAGUGAAGCCUGCAGUAUGUCAUGUGAAAAGCUGACUUUCGACUGUACUUGUGAUCGGAGAAUAAAGCAUCCCUGCUGAAUCAUGAGACGAAAGACACUUGAAUUCUUGAUAAGCAUUCACUUUAGGCAGGAAUGAGCGUCAGAGCCAGCUAAGAGAUAGGUCAGAGUUAUCACCAAGUCAGCUGAGGGCCUUAUCCAGGCUCUUUCCUGAGCUUGGAUGCCUGAUUGGCUUUGGCUCAAAUCCACAAACAGGGUUUGGUGGCCCUGCUUCUUUGCUCUUUUGCUGAACUCCCACACUCCUGUUGAGACUGGACCCUUGUUACCUCAUCCUGCCAGCAAAAGACCACACACUUUGCUCAUUUCCAGAAAGAAAUGCGAUGCACUGAUAAGAUGUAAACCUUCUGACGCUAGUAAAUAAUCAGAUGGCGCCAGUUAACACAGUAUCGUUUUCAGAAAAGUUUCAUCACAUAACUCCCAGUAAAGAAGCACAUUUUUAUAAUGGGACACAGUGUAAAUUGUUAGCAGGGUUGUUUUAUCAUUGUAAGAUUUCAGAGAAGGAUACGCCCCAUGUUAAUGACACCAGUCUUUUCGGUAUCUUCGUUGCAACAACCAAAGGAAGGAACUGCUGCCAGUGUCCACACGUACAGUGUAGACACUGACUCUAGUAGGCAGUUGUUCCUCAAUCCUUUGCACCGCACAACCAUAAUCAUAGGUAGACUCAUGGAAACAGAGUUAAAGGAAAAGAGGAAAAAAGCUACACAAGAACUUGACAGUGUGAUGUUUUAGUGGUGAAGAAGAGGCAUUAACGUGUGGAAUUUUCCCUCUGACGUGACUUGAUCAUAUAUACUUUUUAAAGCACUCUUUUUAAUGGUUGUCGCUGUCCUUAUGUUUGCCGUUAAUGCUGUAAGUUGUUUCCGGACAUUGGUUCCCUCCCCAGUCUUCCCCGCUCCCCCAAUGAGUAAGGGUUUUGUACAUAGCAUACGUGAACAUAUACACAUAUUGCGAGAAAGCUGUCUUUAUAAGUGUGAUGAUUCUGCAUUACUGCUGGGAUGGACUGUAAUGUUUGUUCACUACGAUUACUGUAUCCCCCCCAUUUGCUUCAAAGAGUCAAAGAGCGGUUAAUACAAUAGAUGAUGAGGGUGUUUUUCAACAGGGGGAAAUGUGAUCUUGACCGGUGACCAAUGCUCUAGGCGAGAAUUGUACUGUAGAACAGCUUGAGUAGAUAGUCAAAUGCUAACUUGAAGUUGUCUGUUACCUGGAACGAUUACUGUCUUCUCUGCGUUUAUCUCUUGCCUAUAUCAGGGGUGUCGGUUUUGAUAUCUGGGAGUCUCCAAAGCUGAAUUUAUAAGCAAAAAAGAGCUUAAAACUCAAUCACUGAUUAUGAGAUUAUGGAAAUACACAUUAAAGUGAAUUCACAUUGUGGAAAACCUUUGCAUUUUUCGCUUUUAAAAUUUGUAGCGAAACCUAUGGGAAAAGUCAGUGGGACCAUCCUCUGAUCGAGGUUUCAUACUCCAGCCCUCUUCUGAAUAGUGCCUGCACUUCACAACCUACAGUGAAAAGGGUCUUUGCCAUAGUGGGGUCUUUCCUUUCUUUGGGGCCAAAAUCCUAAAAAACCUGAUACCCUUUAUGGCCUUGAAGGAUUUAGGAUUCUUUAUAUGGCUUUUUUGGACAGUGGGAUGGUAGAAGAAACAAUAAACAAGCUUUUUAAAUUUACAUGGCUUCGGACAAGUUGUGCCUUGAGGACGGUGCAGACUUGUAGAGAAAGGACCCCGCUGAUACAGGCUCACAUUAAUAAUAUGUUGUGCUGGUAUCGCUUCAAAGUGAUUGUUGGCAAGGCCUUUAUUUGAAGAUGAAUGUAUGCUUACAUACCGCUGUCAGGGUUCUGUCUUAAAUUGUGGUUUAAAAGUUAGCAUUGGUCUGAAACGCUUGUGUUUUUUAGUUUAGAUGGUUUUUGUUUUGUUUUAAGGAGGUCUUUUGCUGAGUGUUGAGGCUUAGUAGCUGGCAAUCUUGGCAUUCGGAGAUGCAAAGAUAAAACUGCCCCCUUCAGAGAACAUGCGUACAGUGAAUAUGGUCUUAGAAGACUUCUUUUUGUUGCUCUUUCCCCUUAGGCUGUAAAUGUAACACAUUUAAGACUAUGUGUAUGGAAUAGUGGUGGCUAACAACUCUGUCUUUGCAGCAGUGUAUCCUUUGUCUGCCAUCGGGUUGACAAGUUACUUGAAGAUUGCGUUGGUAACUGUGAUGAUGUACUCUGUUAUUAGCAGCUCGUUCAUUUAUGUUUCAGCCUCUGACUUUGGUAGCACAGAAGAGGUUGAAGCAUCACCGCUAAUUUCAAAGCCUAUUUUGUUUGUUUCUUAUUUUGUUGUGUGUUUUAAUUUUUUAAGCUAAGGUUGUGGCUUGAAGUUUAUACAGAAAGCUCAUGUCAGAAUAGUACAAGUCCCAGAGUCAUCCUCUCUGAUUUCUUCCAGUGGUUGAAGAAACCAAGGAAGAUUGGUGAAGGUGGAAGAUUGUCAGUAACCUUGGGAUUCAUGCUUCGUGCUGUAUUUCAUACAUUCAGCCCUCUGUAGACAGGGAUCAUUCUUUUCUCUUGCUACUGUAGGUCUUGGAACAUAAGGGAGUAGGAGCAAAAAAGGUAAUUCAGUGGGUGCAUCUCUCUCUCUGAUUGGGGAAAAUACAUUAAGUAGUAAAAUAACAAAUAUUUGUCAUGUUUGAAAUGUGCUACAGCCAGUGUAUGCUGUUCAGGAAUCUGUAAAUGAAAAGAUACACAAAACUUGGCAUUUUUUAAUUGUCUCAUCAGGCUGUUUCCAAAACUCCAUCAAAAAUUUAUAGACCUUCCCACCCAUAAAUGUCUUUUUUUUUUU